GCCGCGCCACAGCCCGCCCGGAGCCGCAAAGUCGCGGCCGAGCCCCGGGCUGCAGCGGGCAGGGCGGGCCCGAUCCCGGUCCCGGGCGCCUGCUGCACGGCUGAGGCGGGCAUCGGGCCCAGUGCUGCCCCCCGCCGCCCAGAACCGGACGGCGGGCGGGCAGCCAGGGUUGCGAUUAGGAGACCGCGGGGUCACGGGGCGGAUGACCCUUCCCGGCCCCUCGGAGAAGUUUGCAGGGGGAGGGGGCGGCCGAGCCGGGCCCGGCGCUGCUCCGAGGACCGCGAGGCUCCGCAGCCCCCGCCCCGUCCCUCCCCCGGGGCUGCGGGGAGGCGGGUUUAAGGCGGGUCGCGUGGCCGCGGCAACUUUCCCAACACAGCCGAAGAGGCGCCUGGAGUGCCCGGCAGCGGCUCCGGCUCCAUCCCCGGCCCCGCCGCAGCUAGCGCUCGGCCGCCUCCUUCUCCGGCCGCUCCACGCUGGCUCCGCCGCAGCCCGGCCGCCGGCGGGAAGGCUCCGGCGCCCGAGAUAUCAUUUCUAAUCAAGCAGAGUUCUGAGUAAAGAUUGUUGGGAGCAGCAGAAACAUCAUUCAAAGAAGCUAUUAAAUGUUAGGUCAUCCACGUCAGCAUUGAUUCAACCUGGAUUUAAACCACAAAACAAGAAUGGUGGUGUGCAUACUCUUGUGGUGGAGUCUAAAAGUGCUUACCCUGUCUUUCCUACUGAAAACUACUCUGUCCUUAAAUCCAGAUGACCCCAACGUUUGCAGUCAUUGGGAAAGCUAUGCUGUAACAGUACAGGAAUCUUACGCUCAUCCUUUUGAUCAGAUCUACUAUACAAGAUGUACUGACAUACUGAACUGGUUCAAGUGCACUAGACACAGAAUAAGUUAUAAAACAGCAUAUCGAAGAGGCCUAAGAACAAUGUAUCGGCGGAGAUCUCAGUGCUGCCCUGGAUAUUAUGAAAGUGGAGACUACUGCAUACCUCUUUGCACAGAGGAGUGCGUGCACGGACGAUGUGUAUCUCCUGACACUUGUCACUGUGAGCCAGGCUGGGGAGGUGCUGACUGCUCCAGUGGUUGUGAUAGCGAUCACUGGGGACCCCAUUGCAGCAACCGCUGUCAGUGUCAGAACGAGGCUCUCUGCAAUCCCAUAACUGGCGCCUGUGUCUGUGCAGAUGGGUACAAAGGAUGGCGCUGCGAAGAGCUCUGUGACUCUGGGACUUAUGGAAAGGGCUGCCAGCUUAAAUGCCAAUGUCAAAACGGAGCUACCUGUGACCAUAAAACAGGAGAAUGUCAUUGUGCUCCCGGAUACACAGGGGUAUUCUGUGAGGAGCGUUGCCCUCCUGGCAGCCAUGGAGCUCAGUGUGAACUGCGCUGCCCGUGCCAGAACGGAGGGAUCUGUCACCAUAUCACUGGAGAGUGCUCCUGCCCCGCUGGAUGGAUGGGUUUUGUAUGUGCCCAGCCAUGCCCUUCUGGGACCUUUGGAAUUAAUUGCAGCCAGGACUGCCCGUGCCAUAAUGGGGGACUGUGCGAUCACGUGACAGGGAGAUGCCUGUGUACAGCUGGAUAUAUGGGAGACAGGUGUCAGGAGGAGUGUCCCGUCGGGAUGUAUGGCUUUCAGUGCACUCAAAAAUGCAACUGUCAAAAUGGGGCAAAGUGUUACCAUAUAAAUGGAGCAUGUAUGUGUGACCCUGGAUUUAGAGGGAUUCAUUGCCAGGAAAGGAUGUGUCCAGAAGGGCUUUAUGGCCUGAAAUGCAGCAAGAAAUGUCCUUGUCACAUAACCAACACUCUCAGCUGCCAUCCAUUGUCUGGCGAAUGUAGCUGCAAAGCUGGCUGGGCAGGACUGUACUGCAAUGAAACCUGUCCUCCUGGAUACUAUGGUGAAGACUGCCAGCUGACCUGCCUCUGCCAGAACGGUGCAGAUUGUGAUAGCAUUACAGGCAAAUGCACCUGUGCUCCAGGAUAUAUGGGAGAUGACUGCUCUAUUACUUGCCUGGCUGGAACCUACGGAGCCAACUGCUCUUCAGUUUGUAAUUGCAAAAACGAUGGUGCCUGUUCCCCCGUGGAUGGCUUGUGCAUUUGCAAAGAAGGAUGGCAGGGGGUCGACUGCUCCAUUCCAUGUUCAAGUGGAACUUGGGGUCUGAACUGUAACCAGACGUGUUCCUGUGCCAAUGGAGCAGCUUGCAACCCAGUGGAUGGCUUUUGUCUUUGUUCACCUGGAUGGCAGGGGGAAUACUGUGACCAGCCAUGCCCUGAUGGAACAUAUGGUCUUAAUUGCAGCGAGCGCUGUGACUGUAGCCAUGCAGAUGGGUGCGAUCCUGUCACUGGUUAUUGCUGCUGUCUUGCUGGCUGGACAGGCAUCCGCUGUGAUAACAUGUGCACCCAGGGCCGCUGGGGGCCAAACUGCUCCAUCUCUUGCAACUGUGAGAACGGAGGAUCCUGCUCACCAGAGGAUGGGACCUGUGACUGUGCUCCAGGAUACAGAGGACCAAUGUGCCAGAGAAUUUGUUCACCUGGCUUUUAUGGGCACCACUGCAGUCAAGCCUGCCCUCAGUGUGUGCACAGCAGCGGGCCAUGUCACCACGUGACGGGACAUUGUGAUUGCUUGCCUGGUUUUUUUGGUCCACUCUGCAACCAAGUGUGUCCCAGUGGAAAAUAUGGGAAGAACUGUGCUGAAAUCUGUCAGUGUACCAACAACGGGACUUGCAACCCUAUCGAUGGAUCUUGUCAGUGCUUUCCGGGCUGGAUAGGCAAAGACUGCUCUCAGACGUGUCCCGUUGGGUUUUGGGGUCCAGAUUGCUUUCACACAUGCAGCUGCCACAAUGGAGCAAUGUGCAGUCCUCAUGAUGGAGAAUGUAGAUGUACUCACGGUUGGACUGGACUCUACUGUACUCAGCGUUGUCCAGCAGCCUUUUAUGGAAAAAACUGUGCCAAUGUCUGCCAGUGCCAGAAUGGAGCGGAUUGUGACCACAUCACUGGGCAGUGCACUUGCAGAACUGGAUUUACUGGCAAACAGUGUGAGCAAAAGUGCCCACCUGGAACGUUUGGCUAUGGUUGCAAACAGCUGUGCGAAUGUAUGAACAAUGCGACGUGUGAUCACGUCACAGGAACCUGCUACUGCAGCCCAGGCUUCAAAGGGAUCAGGUGUGAUCAAGCGGCUCUUAUGAUGGAAGAAUUAAAUCCCUAUACUAAAAUUAGCCCUGCUCUUGGAUCAGAGAGGCAUUCAGUGGGAGCAAUCAUUGGAAUUAUUAUUCUCCUUCUAAUUAUUAUGGUCUUGCUGGCACUGUUUGUGUGGUAUCGACGGAAACAGAAGGAGAAGGGGCAUGAAAUGCCAAGUGUAUCUUACACUCCAGCCAUGAGGAUGACUAAUACAGAUUACUCACUUUCUGAUGUAUCUCAAGGUAGCGGCAGUGUACACUGUUUUUCCAAUCCAAGCUACCAUACUCUGUCAUGUGGUGUGACUUCACGCUUCUUUACCAAUAAUCUGGAUGGGAACAGCUCCAGUAAGCUCAGUAACAAAAUCCUUGACAGAGAAACUGCAGACUGGAGACGGUACAGCUUUCUGAAUGAACUAGAUUCUCAUUUGAAACUUGGCGCUCUUUUUGAGAGACACAGUCCAAUCCAAUUUUACAUCAAUAUUUAUUUCUUUUCCAUUAUAUAUCAUUUUUAUGCAGGUGCUUGUGGGAUGGAUAGACGUCAGAACACAUACAUAAUGGAAAAAAGCUUCAAAGACUAUAUGAAGGAAUCCGUGUGUAGUUCUAGCACGUGUUCCCUGAACAGCAGCGAAAACCCCUAUGCCACCAUUAAGGAUCCACCCAUCUUAACAUGCAAACACUCCGAGAGUAGUUAUGUCGAAAUGAAAUCACCCGUCCACCGGGAGUCUCCAUAUUCAGACAUGCCAACCUCAUCAACGGCUAAUAAAAAUAUAUAUGAAGUUGAGCCCACAGUCAGCGUGGUUCAAGACGCACGUGGCCGUACUGCUAGUUACAUCCAGAACCCGUACGACCUGCCACGUAACAGCCACAUUCCUAGUCACUACGACCUCCUUCCCGUAAGACACAGCCCUACACACGGGACACCUUGGGACAAGCAGUCCUAAAGAGAUAAGCGUCGCUGUCGCAACGUGCUGCAAACGUUGGCGCCGAGACAGACAAGACGACAAUCCUUUUUUGUUCCACGGUUGCUGACGGGACUUGAACUAGCAUUUCACAAGGAACCUAACCUGAGCAGAACAUCCGUUUGGGCCAACUACUGCUGCAUGAUAUUAUUUAAACAGACAUUUUUCUACGGAUCACAGACAACUGAAGAGCCUCCCUCCACCUAUGACUGGAAUCAUCAACCAAGGAAGCUGUUUACAUAGCCCAGUCAAAAACUCUACAUUCGCUGCAUUUUUAACUUGAUUUUGCUGUAAGAUAAAACAAAAUCAUGAGCUGUAAAGUACUUAAACCUUCAGCUGUACAUUUUGGCCACCUCCAUAGAGACCUUUACUGUUAGAAGCAAGAUGUCUAGAAAGAUGCUGGAAUAUAUAUUUUACAUAUUCUCCCUGGAAAAGGACACACUCUCAAAGAUGCUAGGAAAGAAUGUGGAUUAAAUCAGCUGGACUAGUUUUUGAACCUUGGUUAAUGCCAUCACCAUAGUCAUUCCACAUACGAGAUGCUUUUAUUCUGGGGAAUAACUUCUGUAAUAUAGUCCUGUUUGUACUGGCUGCGAAGAUAGCUUAGUAGAGAAUUAUUAUGUAUAGACAGCCUGUGGUUACUCUCAGUGCCUCAUGCACAUUUUUUUCUUUUAAGGAUGCGACAUCUUCACAGAUAUCCAGUGGUCUGUAACGAUGGAGUCCAUUUACAGUGAGUCUCGUGUCCAACGUAUGCAUUCUGGCACCGUACAAUCCUUUGAUGGGUCUUAGUUUCCCCUGUACGGCCACUAUUUUAUUAGAUAUGUUGGACCAGAUUAUAAAACAGGUGCAAAACGGCAUAUCUUUCCAUUGAUUUCACUGGAGCUACGCAGGUUCUCAGCAGCUGAGGAUCUAAGAUAUUGUCCACAUUUCAAAAAAAUCUGAGAUUUUUUUUUUGUCUACGCCCAUGACAGUAUAAAGCUACAAGGGGUUUGCUAAAUCAUCUUUACAAAACCAUUCCAUCAGGGCUAAAUUAAUUGCAUGCCAUUUAGACUACAGAACCGUAAACUUUUUAAUCUGCAUCAACAUGUAGGGCAACCUCCAGUGAUUCUAUCUGAAACGUCAUUACACUGAGCUGUAACUAGAUUUCCUUCUUAAACAGCUGUUUGUGGAAUAAUUAACACAUGGUUAGCCUGUGGUAUGGCUUUGGAAGAAGCCUCCCUGACCAUCUUUUGUAACCCUUAAUCGACAUAGAGAUUAGAAUACUUGCUGUUAAGCAGUUCCUUGUAGAUCUUGAGCAUGAAGUAGUAUUGAUUCUAAAUAUGUAACUUUAUUAGGCAAAUGCAGGAGUAGCAAGUUGAUUGCUUCUUAAAUAUAAAAAAGUCUGUUGUGCAUUCGCUAGUCUGAUGGAAACGCAAGAGAAAUAAAAUGCACUGGGACUGGUUUGUCAAGGCAGGAAACGAUGGCCUACAAGACUAGGAGGAAGGUCCAGAGCCGGGGUUUGAAUCUGGCUCUGGCAAGGAGUCAUUGCCAUUUGAUGACCAGCUUAUGUGAAAUAAAGCAGUGGUGGCCACUGUCUAGUUCCUGCUAACAGGGGUUUAUCGUCCCAUCAGCCGGUACCCUGGGACGCGCUCGCCAGCAGGCCAGCAACUGGAUGCACUGUGGAGACUCCCCCUUCCUCGCUGGGGUUGAGGCAUAUGGGCAGGGUGAGCAACUCUGCACUGACACAGCCUAUGCUAUGUUUCUGUGACUGCUAGUUGGUUCAAUCAAACACCACGCAUCGAAUUUACUUGCGACAGGGCGGGGAGAAGCACUGGUGAGACUGCAUGAAAGAUUGGAAGCUUUCCUGGGUGGAGGCAGGUACAAGUUCCAGACCCCUUUGUGCAAUUCGACAACUUCUGCAGUUCAGGCAAUGAACUCCAGAGAUCUUCCCCCAUGAAGUGAGAGAGAAGCAGGUUUUCAUGUUGCAGGACAAUGCAUCACUAUUUACAUGAAUGCUGCAUGCAUGCAUGGGGGCAACUGAUUGAUCAGCAAUAGUUAAUUUUACUUUCCAGAGAAGCCUUAUUCGAGAUGCAACAAUUAUUUUGUAGGACCAGGUAGGGAUAUAUUUUACUUACACAUAGAGAAAGACUUACCUCAGAAAUAACAAUGAAAGGCAGUUCAAUUAAAGGCAGGCUUGCUAGAGACCUAUCGUCGAUCUAGCACUAGCACAAGCAGUCUCCAUUGCAAGCCUAAGCAACGUAUGUGUUUGCAUUUCUGUUCAGUUUGAGACGAGACUCUGGAGAGCAGAAAGAUGCUCGACUUUCAAAAGCUGGAUUUUCAAACCAAAUGACGUGAUGUGCAUAGAGCUUAACCAGGAGAAAAUAAAGCAAAUCCAUUCUUGUAUAUUAGCAUUAGUUUAGACACCAAAAUGGCAAUACUUUUUUAAAGCAAGACAGAUUUGUAAUAUAUUUGUUCACUGUGCUAAGGAACCACCUUGUACAAAAUAAACUGAAUUUCUCUCAA